UGUAUAUGUGUAUAUAUAAGUGUAUGUGUGUAGCGGUGUGCAUAUAUAAGUGUAUAGCGGUGUGCAGCAUGUCUGGUCGGCUCUUGUCCUCGCUGGUCCUGCUCUGUGUUCUCUGCUGUGGCCCCGCGGACUGCCAGAAGAAGAAAGAGACUCUGAUGUCAGAGAAGGUGACUCAGAUGAUGGAGUGGGCCUCCAAGCGUUCAGUAAUCAGGAUGAAUGGAGAUAAGUUUCGUCGCUUUGUCAAGGCUCCUCCCAGGAACUACUCGGUGGUCAUCAUGUUCACGGCGCUGCAGCCACAGAGACAGUGCGGGGUCUGCAAACAAGCUGAUGAGGAGUUCCAGGUGCUGGCUAACUCCUGGCGUUAUUCGUCUGCCUUCACCAACAAAGUCUUCUUUGCAUGUGUCGAUUUUGAUGAAGGAUCAGACGUCUUUCAGAUGCUGGGUAUGAAUUCUGCUCCGACCUUUCUCCACUUCCCGUCCAAAGGGAAACCUCGCAAGACUGAUACCUAUGAGCUGCAGGUCAGAGGCUUUGCCGCUGAGCAGCUGGCCAGAUGGGUGGCAGACAGGACUGAUGUGCAGAUCCGUGUCAUUCGUCCUCCCAACUACGCAGGGCCUCUCCUGCUGGGCUUCCUCCUGGCUGUGAUUGGAGGACUGGCGUAUUUGAGAAGACACAAUUUGGAGUUUCUCUUUAACAAGAAUGUCUGGGCCUUCUCUGCACUGUGCUUUGUCCUGAUCAUGACUUCAGGCCAGAUGUGGAACCACAUCAGAGGACCACCUUAUGCACACAAGAACCCCAGCACCGGUCAAGUGAGUUACAUCCACGGCAGCAGUCAGGCCCAGUUUGUGGCUGAGACGCACAUCGUGCUCCUCUUCAAUGCUGCUGUUACCAUGGGAAUGGUGCUACUGUGUGAGGCCGCUACCUCUGACAUUGACAUCGGAAAGAGGAAGAUUAUGUGUGUAGCAGGUAUUGGUCUGGUGAUGUUGUUCUUCAGCUGGCUGCUGUCCAUUUUCAGAGCAAAGUACCAUGGAUACCCAUACAGCUUCCUGAUGAGUUAAUGCUGACCAGUGACCUCCAACUUCACAGCAAGUAUGAACAGGAAGCUCCCCACAGUGCUGUCAACCAGCAGGGUGCUGCCACAGCAACGCCACAUUUCCCUAUCUUUGUCUUCUAAUCUGUUGAGCCUAAAGUGUGUGUGUGUUAGCACACGUACAUACACACUGUGCCUUCCUAUACAAAGACUCAGCAAGCAAGUCAUUUGCCAACAACAGAGCCAUCACCGGUGUGCAUUCUAAACUGUCUGGUGCCAAAAGGUGUUUUCUACAUUAGAACUUUGGAAUAGUUUUCUAGUCCAGCUCCUCCUGGACAUUAAUCUCAGUCUGUAUCUUUCUCUUUUCAACAGGCCCUGGGGACUGUUCUGUUUAUUUGUGUGUGGCUGAACUUGAACCAGGAGAUGAUAUUUAUGGAGUAGCAAAGUGGAAGCAGUUAUUUCAGUCAACCAGGGUUUCAUUUGGGUAACGCGGGUCUUUGAAUAUCCUAUUAAUGUCCUAGGACGUUUUCAUGAAAGAACAACAUAUGUUAUUAAAUGUAGGGAAAAUAUCUGCGAUUGUACACAAAAUAAGUAUCCACUCAUUUGUUGAAUUUUUCAACCAAUCUAAAUAGUUAAAAUAGAUUCUGUGGUGUUUAGAAGCAAUUGUUGAUUAUGGAGUUCCAUUUAAACACAAUCAAAUAUGUAUUGAUUACUGGAAACUUUAUUCUCCAUUUAUGUUGAAUUGUAUGCUCACCAGGAUUAUACAAGCACAUGGAAACUCUUGUUCAGCUGAGCUGUGCACUGGAUGAACGACUCUAAGUGACGCCAGAAAUAAUAAUCAAAUAUACCAAUUGACCACUGUACAUUUUACCGUUAAUUAGUACCAACAUAUAUAAUUCUUUCUAGAACCCUUUCUAAGCACUUACAGUUGUGUUUGUUCAUUUCUUGGCAGUGAUUGGCUAGUUGCAGUGUAAAAAUAAAUAUAUAUGUAUGAUAGAGUUCUAUUUUCCACUUGGAAACAGUAAUGCAAAUCAAACAGGCUUAGAGUCAAUGAGUAUAUAAAAACUUGAGAACUCCAUAGAUGCACUAAUGAACAUCUGAUCAGCAGGCUCCAAACCAGUACUGACAUGCUGAUGUUAUGUCCAGAGUGCUCUGUUCCUUUUAGGAUGUAAAUCAGCCUGAAUAUUCUGAUUCAGGAGUAAAGCAACUAUUGUGCGAAUGGUUUGAUUAACUGUUCAGUGAGUCCAGAGGCAAAAAUGAGACGAUUAGUACUCAGAAACUCCCAUUGCUCUUUACUGUCUAUGCAUUGCGAACCAAAAUUAGCUUAAAAAUAAGGCGUUAAUCUACUUGUUCUCCUUUUGAGAAAGAAAAUCUAACAAAAGGGGGAAAAUGACAAUUAUUUUUUGGUUUUGUGAUGGUCUUGCUAUACAAACAAGAGUGAGCAACAAAAUGAGCUUUCCCAUCAUCAUGUAGUCGUCUGCUUCUGUGUUGAUUAAAACUGAGGUAAUCUCUUAAAGAAAAGAUUUUCAGUGGGCAAAAUCCUGCAGCUUCACCCACUCUGCUACUCUAUGCGCUAUGUGCCUUACACUGCUGAGCCACUGGGGGGUUUGUUGACAUGUCUUAUGUACUGAAUAUUAAUGAUUCAUUGUCAAAUUGUUUUAAUAAAUCUUAAGGGCAGUCUGAACUGGAACUAGUUCAAUUAUUAACUACUUGGCUCAGCGAGGGUCAGUGUAGGACGGAACAGAGUGAGACGUCACAGGAUUCAAAUGAAUGGCUACUACGUGGGGGUGCAAAUCUGAUGAAAUUAUUCCUUACCCCGUUUAUUUAUUUUUUUCCUGUCGUUUUAAUGAAACCCUCAGGAUUUGGUACAAACCUAUUUGGAAUUCAGGUGGAGGGAUUCAUAAAGUUUACCAGCCGCCCAGUUCAUUUUCCAAAUGAGAAAUUGCAAUUUGUAGAAAAAACUGAUGAAUGAAGAAUUAUAAAAUAAAGAGUGUAUUUUUUAUCAAAGCACCACUUCUAUAGUUAAAGGGACAGUGUGUAGCAUUUGCUGGUAUCUAGCGAUGCGGUUCAGAUUGCAGGGAUCUGUACGACCCCUCCUCUCGCUCCUCCCUUUCCAAGACUGCAUUAACGAGAGCCGCUGAGUGCAGAACCGUGGUAACGCUGUUCUCCUCGCUCAGAGGCCAUCGUUACAUCAUAACAAUACUUUUGGAGAAACAGAACUCAGACAGCGACUGGCGUUACCACGGUUUUUCAUUCGGUGGAUCACGUUCCGCAGUUUCAAAAGCGUGAAAGAGACAGUUUUUGGUUUGAACCUUCUGGGCUGCUGUAAGGAGGACCCGCUCCCUAUGUAGCUAUGAAGGACUCAUUUUAAGCUAACAAAAGCAAAACGAUUCUUACUUUCAGGUGAAUAUACACUAUUGAAAACAGUAAUGAAUGCUAUAUUCCAUUUCUGCUAAUAGAUCCCCCAAAAUGCUCCUCACUGGCCCUUUGAGUUGUUUUGGGAUUUAUCAAGGCACUUGCCAAUAAU